AUGGAAGACAGUACUGAUCGAUUUUUAAAUAGAUUCAGUGAGUUUUGAAACUUUCUUUCAAGUUGAAGGUCUAAAUUUUCAGAGAGAAUAAUUCUCGUUUUCAUUUUCAUAAAUACCACGGUUUUGGUGGUUUGUUUGGCGAAUUUUGAUGUACAGAAAGAUGGAAAUGGUGGUGCAAAAAGUUUUAUGGAGAUAGUGGAGAAUUUAGUGAAGGAGCAAAGAUCAAAGCAAAAACCUAUUAAUUAUUAUAGUAGAAAUGAUAAUAGUGAUAGCUAUCAACCAAAAUUCAGUAAGAGAAGAAGUCCGCCAAUUUUCAAUGGUGAGUUAUUCAACAACAAUUUCCAUUAAAAAUGUACUUCUAGGUCCUCAGAAUUCGAGACAAAAAGAAAUCGUUGGUGCUUUUCUAAACAGCUGGAAAGAAUAUCGAAGACAUGCUUGGGGAAAGGAUGAAUUGAGACCAAUCACUCAAACCUAUGAUAAUGAAUAUGGAUUAGGUUUAACGAUUAUUGAUAGUUUGGACACAGCGAUCAUCAUGGGUUUGGAUAAAGGUAUAGAUUAGAAAAAUUCAAGAUUUCAGUACUCAAACUAAACCUGUUUUUUCAGAAGUAAAAGCCUCAAUUGAAUGGUUGGAACAUGAUUUCAAGUUGAAAAAUACAUUUGUGAAUACAUUCGAAACAACAAUUCGAGUUCUUGGAGGUCUGUUGAGUGCUUAUCAUCUCACAGGCGAACCUAUAUUCGAAAAACACGCAAAAAUCAUUGGCGAUGGAUUAUUGGGUGCAUUUGUUUUCACACCAUUUCCAUUGAAUCGUGUCAAUUUGGCAACUUCUACCGGAGCUUCACUUUCGCAAUAUUCAACACUUGCUGAAAUUGGAAGUUUGCAAUUGGAAUUUCGAGAACUUUCGGAAAUAACAAAAGAUCCGAGAUAUGUUAAUGCUAUUGAGAGAGCUAAUAAAAUGUUGCUCAAGAAUAAUUGCCCUGGGGAAACUAUGUGCUCAUCAAUGAUUGAUGUUUUUGCCGAAAAAUUUAUUGAUACAGGUAUUUUUUAACCUAGAUGAUGAAAUAUACAAUUUUUUUAAAGUUAAAACGGUUGGCGCGAAAACGGAUAGUUUUUACGAAUACUUGUUGAAACAAUAUCUUCAAACUGGAGAAGUACAAUAUUUGAAAUCUUGGAACACUGCAAUUAAUUCGAUUGAAAACCAAGCGUAUAGAAAAUUGAGAAAUAACAAAACUUUCAUUAUUGGUGAAAUUGAAAUGAGUGGAGAUUUCAAUCCAAAAAUGGAUCAUCUCGCAUGCUUUCUCCCAGGAAGUUUAGCACUUUCUUAUUUGCAAGGUCAUGAAUUAGCUGGGAAACAUUUGGAAAUGGCGGAGAAUAUCGCUGAAACUUGCUAUAAAAUGUACAAAACGCCUACUGGAUUAGCACCGGAGAUGAUAUAUUGGAAAGGUUCGAGGAUGGUUGCCAAAACUUUUGAUAGAUAUUCAUUGUUACGCCCGGAAGCGCUGGAAUCGUUUUUCUAUUUAUAUCGAAUUACGGGAAAUAGGAAAUAUCAAGAUUGGAGUUGGGAAAUAUUUCAAGCGAUUCAAAAAUACGCAAAACUUCCAACUGGUGGAUAUACUUCAAUUGCGAAUGUCUUUGAAACUGAAAAUGUGGAACGAUUCGAUAAAAUGGAAAGUUUCUUCCUUGCCGAAACUUUGAAAUACUUGUAUUUGACAAUGGCUGACGAUCAGAUGAUUUUGCCACUCGAUCAAUGGGUUUUCAACACCGAAGCUCAUCCGCUACCAAUUUAUCAUCGAAAAGAGGGAAAAUAA